GCCUGGCGGCCGCCCUCGCCGCUCCCCGCCGCGGCUGACGUGGCCCGGGCGCGGGGCGGACAUGGCGGACGGCAGCAGGCAGAGCAGGCUGGCGGCGGCCAAGAAGAAGCUGAAGGAAUAUCAGCAGAAGAAUAGCCCUGGAGCAACUGCAGGAACAAAGAAGAAGCGAAAGACUAAAGAAGGCAGUAGACCUGCGACUCCCACCACCGAUGACCAGCAGCCUCCAGAGAACAUUCAGAACAUUCUGAAGGUGCUGGUGUCAGACCUUAACCGCUCCAAUGGGGUAACCAUACCCUCAUUGGACAAGAGGAAGGCAUACUUUGACAGUGAUGUUGCCACUCGUAACACUGAGCAGCUUGCUACCGAUGUCCCUGUGCUAUCUAACAGCAACAGCCUUCCUAGCUGUGGUUCUGUUCUGCCUGCUCCUGUGAGCACGCAGCUGACACAGAUGCAUGAAGCUGAGGAUCAGAAAAAUGCUUUGGAUGAGAACAGGUCUUUCUCGUCAACAGAAAGUCUCCGCCAGCUGUCUGAACAACUCAAUGGCCUGGUUUCUCAGUCUACAUCAUAUGUGAAUGGGGAAAGUGCUGUUUCUUCCACAAAUAUUAAGGAAAUGGAAACACGUUACCAGGAGCUGGCAGUAGCCCUGGAUUCCAGCAAUCUAACUAACAAACAGCUCGUUACAAAGAUAGAGGAAUUGAAACAGCAGAACCAAGAAGCAGUGAAUCAGCUGGAGAAGGAAAAGAAGGAGUUUGAACAGAAAUUUUCUAAAGAGCAAGCAGCCCUGAGGGAACAGCUACAGGUUCAUAUCCAGACUAUUGGGAUUCUGGUUUCUGAGAAGUCUGAGCUGCAGACAGCCCUUGGCCACACUCAGCAAGCUGCACGGCAGAAGUCAGGGGAAGCUGAAAGCCUUGCUGCUCGUUUACAUUCAUCUCGCCAGAGGGUAUCCGAGCUAGAACGUACUUUGUCCUCCAUCUCUAUGCAGCAAAAACAGUCAGAGAAGCAUAAUAAAGAGCUAGUGAAGGAGCGAGACAACCUGAAAAUGGAACUGUACAAACGAAGCAAAAGCAGUGAGGAAAUAAAGCAGCAGAAUUCAGAGCUGUCAGAGAAGGUUCACUCCCUGGUUUCCAAGAACUCAGCCAUGAAGUUGGAUAUGGAGGAUUUGCACAAGAAACUGGAAAUGGCUGAACUGAUGAUUCAACAGUUCUCAAAUCAGGCAGGGAGUCUGGAUGCAAACCAGCAGUUGCAGAUGGCACUGGAGGAGAAGGCAAGCCUGGAAACACAGAUUGCUCAGCUCUCAGAGUCACUUCAGCAGCUCCAGGCAGAAAGAGAUCGGUAUGUAGAGAAACUGAAGGAGGAGCAGAGCGUUUGGCAGCAGCGGGUACAGCAGCUCUCAGAGCAGCUGCAGACAGUGACAGAGGAGAAGGAGAAGCUUAUGGUCCAGAUUCGGGAGCUGGAAGCCAAUAUUACAGAGCUGUUGAACAAAGAAGCAGUUAAGCCCAUGGAUGUUGAGCCUUCCUUGCCAGCAGGGCCCACAGCAGCUGAGCUGAGUCUGCAGCAAGAGAUCCAGCGGCUGCAGCAAGAGAAGGAGGAGCUGCAUGGGCAGUACCAGGCCCAGGUCCGGGACAACGAGCAGCUGAGCCACCUCAACCAGGAGCAGGAGGAGCGGCUGCUGGAGCUCGAGAAGACUGUGCAGCGCUACAAUGAGGAGGCUGUGGACAGACAACAGAUCCUGGAGGACAUGCAGAGUGACAAGGUCACCAUCAGCAGAGCCCUGAGCCAGAAUCGGGAGCUGAAGGAGCAGCUGGCUGAGCUGCAGAAUGGGUUUGUCAAACUGACAAAUGAAAACAUGGAGAUUACAAGUGCCCUACAGACAGAGCAACAUGUAAAGAAGGAGCUGGCCAAGAAGCUUGAGCAGCUGCAGGAGAACCUGGGGGAGCUCAAAUUGACGCUGGAACUGAAAACACAGGAGGCUCGGGGUCUGCAGGAGCAGCGGGACCAGUGCUACAGCCACCUGCAGCAGUACACUGUGGCCUACCAGCAGCUCGCUGCAGAGAAGGAAGAGCUGCACAAGCAGUUCCUGCUUCAGACACAGCUCAUGGACCGGCUACAGCACGAGGAGGUUCAGGGGAAGGUGACAGUGGAAAUGCAUCUGAAAGAGCUGCAGCAGACCAAGGAAAAUCUAGAAGCUGUAGCUAAGGAAAACAAAGAGCUGCAGGCCCAGAUCAGUCAGUUAGCAGCAGACCUGGACGGCAGGAUUCUGCACCGACUGGAGGGAGACGGUGUUGAAAGUGAAGAAAUGACUGAAGAAGUACAAAAACCUUCAUUUGAGAUCCCAGAGAAGUUUGAAAGCCAGGAAGAAAUGGUCACGUUUUUGACAUCUGCCAUGUCCCAGGUGGAGAAGGAGCGGGAGGACAUGAGGCAGCAGCUGGCUGCUCAGAGGCAGCAGUGCAGAAGCCUCCUACAGCAAAUGGCAGCUCUUAGGCAGGAGCAGCAACACAACGUCAUGCUGGGUGGAGGUUCUGCUGGGGAUACUGUUCCAGUGGAGGUUCAUGAAGCUUUGAAAAGUGCCAUGGAAAAACUACAGUCCCGUUUCACAGAGCUGAUGCGUGAGAAGGCUGAUCUGAAGGAACGGUUGGAAGAGCUGGAACAUCGCUGCAUCCAGCUCUCAGGGGAAACAGACACCAUUGGGGAGUACAUCGCCUUGUACCAGAGCCAAAGGGCGAUCCUCAAGCAGCGACACCAGGAGAAAGAGGAGUAUAUCAGCAGAUUGGCUCAGGAUAAGGAAGAGAUGAAGGUGAAGCUCCUGGAACUGCAGGAUUUAGUGAUGCGGUUGGUGAGCGAGAGAAACGAAUGGUACAGCAAGUACGUGGCAGCUGCCCAAAGCCCAGAGCUGCCUGUGGGCCCCGGGGACAGUGCACUGCCAGGGGAGAGGCACAUGGAGCUGAAUGCCACUGAUGGAGAGGGGUUACGAGAAGUGAAUCUAGCAGAUGAAGCUGAACAAGAGGCUGCUGUGCUUCACCACGCCCGUUUCUCCCCUAGUGACAGUAAAGCUGCUCAACCCAGCCAAGAGGAUCCCACAGCAAAGCAAAUAAUGCAGCUGCUCAGAGAAAUCCAGAACCCUCAGGAGAGGCUGGGCACCCUGCUGGAAAACCCCUGCAUCCCCUUCUUCUACCGUGCCGAUGAGAACGAUGAGGUCAAAAUCAUGGUCGUUUAAGUGGCACUAAACCUUAUUUACAGCCAUUUUCUAUGAUCCUGAAAAGACUUAAGUGACUUGUACGUGGCCAUGGCUCUGCUCAGGGCCCUGGCUCAGAACAGAUCCUUAACAACAGCAGGAAAGGGGGAACUGCAUCAGAGGGAGGUCGAGUGUCAGACUUCACCUUCCCUUUCCUCUUUCUUCCGUUACUUGGUGUGCUGGGAGUACAGGCAGACUCACACUAACCCUGGGAGGCAGCUGGAGCCAGGGGAAAGGGGAUUCCAUGACUUUGGGUGAAAUGACUUAAUCCUUUCUCCCAGCCCUGGUGCCAGCAGCCACCUUCCCCGCAGCGGUUCUGAUCCAUCGCUCCUGACUCUUAACUCGCCUCAUUCCUUCCAGGGCUCCCAAAGUAACGUAUUCUGGUAAUGAACUCUUUGGACUCUCAACAGGUUGGGUUUGGUUCCUGUUCUGCAUCUUAAACUUCCCCCUUUCUUCUGCAGCCUGCCUCUUGCAAGUCUGAGAUAGGCCUGGGCAGUUGUGAGCAGCCGAAAGCUGCAGGCCCUGGCGAGCCAGGCCGCAGGCCCUGUUGCUCUCCUGGCUGGAGGAAGGGAGUGAGGGUGGCCUUUGGAGUCUUUUUGGUUACUUGACAAAGCUUUAUGUGAUUCUUGGGAGUGGGGUGGAAAUGUAUCUGCACUUUGAAGGAUGAUGUGUUUCAGUUGUAUGUGUCUGAAGGUUUUAUUUAUUUAAAAAAUGGGAGAAGUAAAAGGAAACCACUUAAUAAACAUGCUUGGGUUUGAAUUCCUGGACUCUAGGGGCUCUAGUUCUCCAUCACUGAGCUUUCUUCUUCUCCCCUCUUGGUAAGGAGGGCAUUAGAAGGUUGGAAUCCAAGCUCCUGUGCCCGGAGUUGUGUUUGUGGGACACACAUCAGACAGAGCAGUGGCACCUGGUGAGCCUUGAGGCUCUGCAGCCCUAAUUUUAGGGAGAAAACAAAACAGGAUAGGAAGGGAGAGGCUCCAAAGUAGCAGCAAAACACAGCCCUUGGGUGUGCAAGUGGUGAAGGGAACUGCAGGUUAGUUUCAACAAUGGAAUCCUAAGGAAAAGUGUGGGUGAGGAGUAAGAGACCUGCUCAUCAACUGCCCUGUGAGCCACAGAGCAGGGCCUGGGCCUGAGGCCAUGGGCACCACCCCCAGGGGAAGAGCGAUGCAAGACAGGAAUGCAGUAUCAACUGUGGUUUGUACAACAAGAGAUGGCUCAUCUCUGCCCUGUCCAAGCUGGUCAAGCUUUACAGUAGCACAGGGGAGAGUGACUCCCCUCUACUGCCUGAAGCAGGUUAAGGGGGAGUUGGGGUUUUAAAUGGUUCAUCUUGUUCCCAUAUACAACUGAAAACAGCACAGGGAGAACAGCAAGUGCUUUCCUGUGACCCACCAGGAAGAGACAGAAGCUGUUUUCUGAAUUGGGUUGGAGUGGCAGUGUCUGGCACUGCCUCUCACACUCCUGCCUGCAGGGUUUGUGUACAUAGUGUAUCUCUGUACAAUGCUGUAUAUUCCUUGGGGACACACUCAGCCUUUUGCAGUGUUUGUUGGUAAAUCUGUAUCAUAAGUAACGGGGCAGAGCUGUGAUUUAAUACAGAGUGUUAUUAUAAAUGGAAUAACUAUUUAUUGGAUGUUCUAAUCUAGUACUGUGAAGACAAGACCAGGGCAGAAGGGUCUGCAGGCUGUUGCAGGGGUGACUUAAUCCUGUUACAACUUUGCUUUCUGAAUAAACUUAUUCAGAUGGG